AUGAAUGCUACGCUGCAAGCGCUUGCGUCCGUUUUUCCAUUUUACUACCGCAUGCAGGUGAUUCAGCAGCGCUGUGUUGAAGGAUAUGAGUGUUCAGAGUUUGUAAAGCGAUUCAAUGACGUGCUACAAAACCUUGUUUCCCCCGAUCGAGUUCUGGACAACAAGUAUGGAUCCGCUACGAAAGUCUCGGUUCUCGAAGCCCUAAGAACAGCAGCGGGCAAAGAACUAGGGUCGGAUCCAGACUUUGGCUCAAGUGUGCAGCAG